AUGCCUUCCAACAAGGUGAACAAUGCCUCUGGCGAGGCUGUUGACAAUUCUCUCCCCACAAUUGACUCCGAGAUUAUCAAUGUCAUUCUGAAGAAUUGCCUCCAGAGUGCCAAGCCCACAGCCGUCAUGUGGGAGGCAGUUCGAGAAGAGUUGGAAUUCAAGACAGUCGAGGUGGCCAGGGAGCGUUUCCGUCAGUUGUGCAAGAAGCACCAUUGGUUUGAGGGCAGCAUUGGUAACGAUAACAACGACUUUUCCACCCCGGCACCCACUCCCAAGAAGCGUACUCCCGGUGCGCCGCAGAUUCCCAAGGAGACCAGACUCGCUAGCUCCACUACUAGUGGUUGGGAUGCGGAUAUUAAUAGCCCCGCUCCUUCUCCUAAGAAGCGCAAAUGCAAUAAGACUGAGCGAGCCUCCAUGGAGAAGAAGGGCCAGCAGAAGAUGGCCAAGGGCAAUGGCGCGAAGCGUUGUGCCCGACCGGAGGCCGAGGUGUCGGAUAGUGACGAGGCCUAA